UUUCGUCUCACGACGAGGCCGUUAUUGAAGAUGACGCACGCGGACUAGCGUCUACCGUAACGAAAAAUGGGGCAGGUGGGAUUGCGCGAUUGGGCAGCGAGCCUAUCACGCCUAUCUCCACACCAUGAAGUGGGUGACAUUGCAUACCGUGAGAUCUGGAUGUUUGUCCCUCGGAUCAACUUCUGGCAAUAGUUACAUUGAUCAUCAUCUUACUCGUUCGCGAUCGCACUACACCAAAAAGUCCGCCCGAAUCAUUCAUCGCACCAGGUCAAGGCAUCCACCAUGGACAGAUCUGGCGGGGACGAUCAGCAUCGCAAGAUCGUAUUCACGACUCAAAGCGUCGACGGCGAGUCAGAGGCUGUUGUUACAUUGCAAGAGCACAAAGAUCUCACGAGACCACCUUUCUUGAUCAACGUAUCAACACGACCUCGCAAUCAACAACUCCCAUUCUUCCUACCAGAACAGCGCGAAACCCAUGUUAUCAUCUCUAGUGGCUCCGGUCAUGGACUCGCAGAUGACUUCUUCUCAAGCGCGGUCCGUCCGAUCCUUGAAAGCAUAUAUGGGGAGAAGGGGUCAAAAGAGACGAGAAUACAUACCACGGAAUCGCCAACUAGCAUCUUGGAGAUCACAGACAACAUCCUCUUUCCAGCCGCCAAUGAGGGAAAACCUAUCCGCAUCAUUCUCCUCUCAGGAGACGGCGGCAUCGUAGACCUUGUGAACGGUCUUUCGUCCGAAACACCAAAUUCACAAACAUAUAUCCCCCCACAAGUCGUCAUCCUCCCUCUAGGAACAGCAAACGCGCUUUAUCACUCCAUCAACGCCGGAGGGAACGACACAUGGGGCCUCCCCGCUCUGACAUCAUGGGAAGCAAAACCACUACCCAUUUUCACAGCGACGUUCUCCCCUGGCGCACGCCUCCUCGUCGACGAAGCACGACAAGAGCAGGCAUUACCAAAAGAUUCGCAGGGUAAUGGAAUCUUACAUGGUGCGGUCGUAGCAUCCUGGGGCAUGCACGCCUCCCUCGUCGGCGACAGCGACACAACCGAGUACCGCAAGCACGGCGUCGAACGCUUCAAGAUGGCCGCGAAAGAAGCUUUAUACCCAGCUGAUGGGUCACCACCGCAUCCCUACAAAGGCAAAAUUUCCGUCUUGAGAGAAGAAGAUCAGUGGACUAGUCUACCGGAAGAAGAGCACAUGUACGUCCUUGCAAGCAUGGUCUCGCACCUCGAGAAACCUUUUUGCAUCUCCCCUGCUACCAAACCCCUAGAUGGUAGUUUGCAUCUUGUUCAUUUCACCCCGCGGAGUGGCGAUGAGGUCAUGGGUAUCAUGAACAAAGCGUAUGAUGGGGGUAAACAUGUUGACGAUGAGGACGUUAGAUACGAGAGUAUCGAUGGGUUGAGGAUUAAGUUUGAGGGUAAGGAAGAGGACGAAAGGUGGAGGAGGAUAUGUAUUGAUGGGAAGAUUGUACGGUUGGAGGAGGAUGGGUGGGUGGAGGUUAGGCGAGUCAAGGAAAAGAGGGUGUUGAAUAUUGUUGUGUCAGGGCAGUGAUAUGGAUCGGGAGGGCGUUUACGUUCGAUGAGCAACAAUACAGGCCAUGAACGAACGAAUGAACGACUGAUCUGGAUUUUUACGGAAGCGAGGAUGUUCAGAGUGGCGUCCUUCCUAGUUGCUGGCUCAAUCACCGGAGUGCACGUUAGCAUUAUCUCUAUAUUGCUUCCUCCACCUUCUAGCUUCCAUUUUCACACCGACAUCUCAUGCAGUACAUG